AUGCCUAUGGCCUGCACAGACACUCUUGAACGGGGGCAGUAUAAGCUUUCCAGAACAUAUUGGGUGCAUUCUAGUAACUCUGAUUUCAAGCGACGGCUGACUGAAUUAGAGGAUCAUCUGGCGACAAAUCUCCCGUCGUUAUAUUACAGUAUCAAUUUUCUGGAGAUCCCACAGAUAUUACAGUGGAACCGCACAAGAACGCUAAGAAAAUACCGAAGACAAGAGACGAGGCAAGCUUCGAAGCAGCAUAGCAAAAAUGAGUUGGCAGAGCUAAUAGAGAAAUGCAAACAGUCUCAAGGCAGUUUUGUUCAUUCACUUCAAGUCGGUCCAGACAUCAGAGUCGUUCUCGCCACUAAGUCUCAGUUAGAGGCUUGUCUACCAACAAAAGACCAGGCACUUACAAAUGUUCAUGAAGGCUUAUGCUGUUGGGGAAGCGGAUAG